GUCACAGCACCGCUUGCCAUGGAGGGACCACACAGCGGCUGCCUCCUCCUGCUCUUCUGCUUGCUCCCACCACUGGGUACCCUGGGACCACCACCAGAGGAACGCCAGGAGCCACCACUGCUGUCCAGCACCCCUGACCCUGCUGCUCACAUGCUGCGUGGCCGCCCCUCAGCCCCAGUGCGGCCAUACAGCCUCUCACUCUCCCCCGAGGACUAUCGCUACUCACCCAAGCCCCGGCACCUGCGGCCAGGGCGGCUGCGCCGGCUGCUGGGCUCAGCCUUCGACCCCUUCUGGAUGGCAGCCGAGGAGCCCUGGAACCGCAACGGCAGCAUCCCCGAGGACAACCUGGAGUCCCUGAGCCGAGACCUGGCAGAAGGGGCUGGGCGCUACCGCCGCAAGCUGUGGCGAGAGGCAGAGGGGCUGGAGAUGCCCACCCUGCUGCCCCCCGGCCCCGAGCUGUCCCCCGAAGUGACGAGGGCCCUGGCUCACCGCCUGCGGCAGUGGCUGGUGGAACAGGCUGCCUGCCGCCUCACCUCCACCUGGGUGGAUCUGGGACCCAUCUUUUGGCCCCGCUGGGUGCGCCACACCGCCUGCCAGACCGGACCCCCCAGCUGCUCCUGGCCCCCCGGCAUGACCUGCCGCGCCGCACAGGUCACCCACAUCAAGCUGCUGGCCUGGCACUGCUGGGCUCCACAGCGCCCUGGACCCCCACACUGCUCCUGGCGGCAGAUCCCCUACCCGGUUGUGGCUGCUUGCAAGUGCUCCUGCCGCUGAGGAGGCCGCGCAUGGACACCCCGGCAACUGUUCCUGCAGCCAAACAGCCUGAAGAAAUGAGUAGGUUGCCUGGACUCACCUCUGGG